AUGCUAUUGUUUGAUCGUUGUAAUGAUUAUGAUGAUGAUGAUGACGACUACGAUAAUGAUGAUGAUGAUGAUAACUUUAUAAAUCUGCACUCUAUUCUUCUUACAUUAAUAUAUUUAGUUAUGCAAGCUAAGAAUCAUAUUACAAGAUUUGAUAAACAACAACUACAACAACAACAACACAGUAAUAGUAGUAAUAGCAAUAGUAGUAACGAGUUACAUCAUGAAAAGACUAUGAUGUCAAGCCCAUUAUUAUCAAGUAUGAGAGAGGACUAUCGUCUUGGAAACCUUGAGGAGAACAGUCUCCUCGAGAGUCCAUUCAAGCAAUUCGAUCGAUGGUUCGAAGAUGAAAUCCUCUGGAAAAACGUAUCAGAACCAAACGCAAUGCAUCUUUGUACCGCUACCAAAGAUGGUAAACCAUCAGGUAGAAUUGUAUUACUUAAAUAUUUCGAUGAAAAAGGAUUUGUAUUCUUUACAAACUAUAAUAGUAGGAAGUCGAAGGAGUUACUCGAGAAUCCCUAUGCAGCGGUGACAUUCUAUUGGUCGCAGCGACAGAUACGCAUCGAGGGCACCGUUGAGAAGACUUCGCGUGAAGAGAGCGAUGCCUACUUCAAGACGCGUCCAAAGCAGAGUCAGAUUGGUGCAUGGGUAUCGGAAUUCCAGAGUUCCGAGGUCACCAAACACAAGUUGACAGAAGAUACCUAUUUACUCGAGAAAAAGUACGAGAGCAGUGAAGUGCCACCUCCAGAGUUCUGGGGAGGCUGGCGAAUCAUACCGACCUCCUUUGAGUUUUGGCAAGGCAAAGGUGGAAGAAUACACGACCGCAUCAAAUAUAAACGUGAAUCGAUUUUGAAUCUCGAUGCUCAAAGUAUCGAUCCUAUUUCACAUGAAUUCUCUUUAAAAGUCUGGAGGAACUUCAAAUAUUUAACAACAACUCCAAAUGGAAGAGAAGGUGAAUGUCCUAUAUGUCAUCAUUCCACAAAUCAGUUGUCGUUACUGUUACAUAUAAAUGGAUGUAUCAAAAGACUAUCGGUCUUUGUCGAUGGGCUAUCUGCUAGUGACGAAGAGACUUUAAACAUUCUGUCAUAUCAUUCAGGUCUACAACAAAGAUCAGCGGGAAGUGGGAUCUUAACAGACAGUUCUAAUGGUAAUAAUAGGGUUAUUAAUGAUGUUGGUAAUGAUAUCACUAGUGACAUGCAAAAUGAAGGUGAUAUUGUUGUUGAAACUACCAUUCUAACUUCUGACCAAAUAACAUUUACGUCAACCACUGCUAAUGACAAUGAUGUCGAAAUGAAUGACAUCCAUACAUCGACGACGACGACAACAAUGACUACAACAACAACCACAAAUAACACCAAUAUAUCACCUGAUAUUAGUAGUGUUAGUAUUGGUAGUAAUAAUAGUGAAUUAUUGUUACCUAUGAAUGUAAAUACAACGACAACAAGUAAUAUUAAUAACAACAACAGGAAUAAUAGACCAACAAAAAACAAUAAGUUAAAGGAUUCUGGAAGUAGAAAUGGUACUAUUAAGAAAGAUGGUGAUCUCCGUGCAAUGACUCCUGAAGAAGUUCAGGCAUUGGCAGUGACUAUGGGACUAUCUGUUGUAGAUAAAAAGAAGCAUCAGAUCGUUAAGGAGAUAUCUCUUUUGAGAGCUCAGAGACAGUUAGAGCAACAGGAGCAACAACUUCAAUUACAACAACAAAUACAACCACUACAAGCACCAUCCAUUUCAAAUACACCUAAUAGUUUAGAGUCUGCAUCAUCUUCACUCUUCACUUCGUUAGAACAACCUAUACCUAUGAUAUUAUCUUUACCUAUUGAACAACAGUCGACUGAUAAUAUUAAUGAUAAUAGAAGAAGAAAGAAUGUUAGAAAUAAUAAUAAUAAUAGUGACAAUAGUAAUAAUAAUAAUGGUAUUAGAAAUAAUAGUUUAAGAAGAAAUAAGAAGAAUGAUGCUGAUGUUAGAAUAAUAUCUAGAGAUCCAAGUACAAUGACAUUCUCGAAUUUGUUGGUGGUGAAGAUUUUGAGACACAUGUGCACCUAUGAAUUGUGGCUAUCUAAACUCAUAUUCUUGAGAUCGAGACCACUUCUCAAGAAAAUAUUGGAUCUUUGUCUACUAUCAAAGUCAAUCUUUAGAUUGGUAUCCACUCACAUCUUGCCGAUCGUUCCUUUCGAGUUGACUCAACGACUAAAUACCAACUUCCUAACCAAGAUCGAGUAUCCUUGGUGUCCUCUCAAAUCAAUUCAAUAUCUCAUCUACAAGAACUACGAUCCCAAAUUGAAAUUCGGUGAAAUUCUUGGUUCCCUCGAUCAAGUAGAGCAGUUGGUGUUACCACAACAGAUUACAGUGGAGCAGGCAAUUCCAUUGUGUUCGAAUACACCAUCGUUGCGCAAAUUAACUACUCCAAGAAAGCUGCUGAUGAGCCAAGAGUUUCUUGACACUCUUCGUGUAAAUUGUUCUCAUUUGACUUCUCUAAUUAUCAACGAAGACAGCACAAACUAUGAAUUUAACGAUCUCAUGACAAAGAAUCUGUUGAAUUACAUUGCGCGUUCCUCAGUGGUUAAAGUUCUUACGGACAGUGUGUUCGCCACCGAUAUCUUCCAGCAGAUAAAAACAACUGUAAAGAACUCUCUGCAAAUAUCGUACAAUUACCGUAGCGAAGCUGCCUACACCGUUCCAAACUGUACCAAGAUUCUGUAUUUAAAUCCUCAUGCUGAAAAUGCCAGCUAA